AUGGCAAAUAACUUGGUCCUCGAAGGCGACGUCAAAGACCAGUGUGUGAGGCUGCUGGAGUCGGCAUUUGGCACUGAUGAUCCGUAUCUGGGCCAUAUACUGACGGUCCUCGAUCGUACGGACUGUCUGCCGCUCGCAAUUGGGGACCUUACGUCGAGUCAGGGUGUCUGGGUGGCAGGAGAAGGGGUGGAUCAGGAGCAGGUGAAACACGACAAGGCCAAACUAAAGAUCAUGGGAUAUCUUCUGGAGCAUUCCGGAGGCUCCCUACCGUUUGUCAACUUUUGCAUAAACCGACUGAGAGUGUCCCACCAUAUCCUCCACCUCUCCUCCUGGCGUCAGGAGCUCGCAACACUGGUCUUCUCGUAUGGGAAGAGAGAAGUGCUGGCAGAGUAUGUUUCACCCUGGGUUGAGAUCUGUCGACAUCUUUUCCUCUCCGAACCACAGGCCGUGAUGUGCGCGCUCGUUGGGUGUAGUGAAACCCCACUGCCCGAAAAUGUAGAGAUCUUGAGGGACAAAAUUUUCCAUGUCCUACACUUAGUGCAGAGAUACCACUUUGACCUGCUACGGGAGCCGAUAGGAGCGGUUCUGCGCGAAGGCAAUAUACUCGCAGAGGCGGAGGUGGAGCCAGAUGAGGCAGAGGCUGUCCAGAAUUUUCUGUCCAGACUGCAGCAACUUCAAGGACUAGUCAGUGAACCGGACGACCUCGUCUCCCUGAUCCAGUGCGAGGGAUACAAUUCCGCCAAAGACAUUGUGGAUCAUAAGGUCCAGGCAGUAGAAUGCAUGGAGGCAAACGGCAUUCCGUCAGAACGGGUACAGGCCAUUGUCAGUCAUGCCCAAGUGCUCGAGCUUCGAAGAGACCAGUUGUGGCGAGAGGUACUCGACAAGCGUGGCACUGGUGGCAUCGCGGAUGUGAGGCUGGCCGCGGUCGAUGCCGCAUCUGACGAUGACGGACCACCUGACGAGAGGCCACCACUUGCAGACGUAAUAAACAUGACGGAAUUAUUUGGUCUACAGAGUAUGGGUUGUAUUGAGUGCGCCUCGGUCACCGGGCCGGCAGCUUAUUUCGUGGACUUGCUGCAGAAGCUCGGAGCCAUUCGACUUGGGACGACAGGAAACGAGACGCUCAGGAGCAAACUAUUUGAAAGAAGGCCGGAUCUGGCCGAUCUCGAGCUCUCCUGCGCGAAUACCAAGGUGCUGAUACCCUACAUUGAUCUGGUAAACGAGGUGCUGGAGUCGGUCCUGUGGAAUGCAAAGCAGGGACGUCGGCCCAAGAUCCAAGCAUUCAACAUGGGUGAGCACAGCUCCAGCGAGGCUUAUAUCGCGCAGCCUCAAAAUACAAACCUAAAGGUCUACCAGGAAAUCGUGCAGCCAAUGAUCUAUCCAAUGCACGUUUUCCCCUAUAACCAGGCUACACAUGCAACCCGGGCGUGCUUGACGGCCCUUGGUAUUUCCCGAAUCCAAUUAAUGCGUACUCUCCGUGCUCCCCGUCGGAUUUCAACAUGCCCAGAGCAGAAACCUGACGCAGAAAAGAUCCUGGCACGGAGUGUUGCUGCUGAAUCUCUCGGCCUGCAGCGGGAGGAUUAUGUCGCCAUCACGCGAGAAAGCUGCUACUCCCUCGAAUACCUCCUCUCCCAGGACCAGACCUGGAACGAAGACUCGUACUGCCACAGUAUCGGACUGAAAGAUAUUCACGAGUACUGGGGAUACACCAGCCAGGAGGAAAUGUGCGGAGAGAGCGGCUUAACGCUGAUCAAGCGUGAGCUAUUACCCCGGAGCGGGCUCGACUUUCAGGGCCUGUUGUCCAUACUGAAAACCAGAUUUAUGGGCAAGCGUCUAGUCAUCUUAUCGAAGAAUGGUGGUGUUGUGUUUACCGACAGCCUGGACAAUAUGCGUUUGCGACAGCUUCCUCGAAAGGGAGACCAGGAGACACUGAGCCUUGACCCUGACAUCUGUCAUGAGCUUCAAGCAUUCCUCCGACUGAAAGAGAAGCUUCAGUGGCCACUAGAUGAGUUAGACAGCCUCCUUGUUACGCUGUCCGGCACCAGAACCUCAUCCAUUGACCCCCAGCUGAUGGACGAGCUCGCAGCGGUUCAGGAGCUGUCAGAGCUGACUGGCAUCAAUCGAGCCGAGCUUCAGCCUCUCUGGGGAGGGAUUGAUGUCGAAGACCAAAAUUUGCUAUAUAGCCGGCUCUUCUACAACCUGCACGGAUUCCAGGCAGGAUCGAUGCAGGUUCCGGGGAAUCUACCUCUGAUUUUGUCCGGACUGCAGCUCAGCGUUUCCGAGUAUGAAGCAGUCAUGUCGGCUAGCCAACUAACCAGCCCCCUUGGCCAUGAUGGGAUUCGUCAGCUCUAUAGGGUGGCAAUUCUUUGUAGGAUGCUGGGAAUAUCACCCUUUUUAUACGGUGAGGUUCUCUCCGUCUACCCCGAUGAUACUGAUCCCUUCCAUGGACCCAGAGAAACUCUCGCGCUCAUAAAGAAAUGGAAGGAAAUCACAUCGAUCCCCGGCUCGUGGGCACCAGAGCAGUUGUUAUUUAUCCUGCGAGGAGAGUCCAGGGUUCCUGACAGCAGCACAAAUCAACCUGCCGUCGAUAAAAAUCUACAGAUUGCAGCGUCAAUUGUGUCAUCUACUGCCACAUCGACCGUCAAGUUUGAUAGCGUCACUGCGAUUAUUGAAACUGACCUGAGGAAUCGCGUCAGUCAAUUGGCUUCCAUGAUUUUCGGGGAGGAGCAGGGAAAGGAGAUCGUCCAUUUCAUUGACAAGGGUGGCACACCGGAUGACAAAGCCAGAAUCACAGCACUCAUACGGUUUGUGUUUGGCGAGAAUGCGCCAGGAGUGAUUGAAAGCAUUGAACAAGAGCAAAAUUCUACGGCCCAGAUGCGAGUCUUUUACAGCCAGCUUGCUGCUGCCGUUUCUACAGCUCAACGCAGUCAAGUGAUCCUAGCAAGCUUGCAGCCACACUUUCCAGGGCUUGACAUAACAACCCUGCAGUUCUGUUUAACGGAAAUCAUUCAUGUGAGAGAGAAACGACUAGACGGGAAAUCGAGCGCCUUGUGCGGUAUGGAUACCCUCCUUGGUCUUUCUCGUCUACCAACAGCACAAGACUCCGAGUUUCAAGGUUACUUUCGGCUGCCUAAAACGGGGAGAUACAACAUCGAUCUGGCUCCGGCACAUGAGCCAGAGGGAGAGAAAGCUAGAAGACUCGUGCUGGAUGGGACGCCGCUGGUCCUCCAUGGCAACGGACCGCAGAGAGCAGAAACAAGUCGACUGUUGGCUGCGCACUGGUACAAACUGGAGUAUACCGGUCCUUUUUCGGACUUGGACUGGUCGUCUCAGGAGACAGUUCCACCUACACACGUCUCCUUUACUGGUAACAAUCUCAUCCGUCAAGAGACAUUGGAGACUACCAGCUCAGUGGUGGCGAAGCUGACGCAACUGAGCGAGGUUAUAAGCCACCUGGAUCUGAAGAUUUCGGAGGUCCGCGUGUUGCAAGCAAAGGGAAUUUACUUAAAUUCUCUGACGCUUGCGAAUUUAAUUCAGCUCGUCAAGUACCGCCUACUACGGGAAGAGUUCCAGAGAGCUGGCGCCAAAGAACGACUGCUCGAGCUUUACCGAUGGCUCUCUGCUCAAGACCCUGAAACCUCCUUGGCCAGCAAAAUCCAGAGUACUACAGGGUGGACAAUCCAAGAAUGCACCGAUUAUCUGCACGGCAGAUACCCGGGAAUGAAAGACGCCAAUCUCCUCCAAGUCUUCGGUGAUAUUAACGAGCUCUUUGAGAUGCGCGAAGUGAUGCGAUUUGUCCGAAGAGGAGGUCUGUCCAAUGUACCCCUACAGACGCUGUUCGAAAUGGCUACUCCAGUGAAGCCCGAAUUGCCGUCCGAGCAACGGCCAGGGUCAGUAACAGCAGAGUUCAACAAUGCUGCUAUUCUGCGCUCAGCAAUACAGUCAAGGCAUUCCUCUGGCUCGGGUGCAGUUGGCUCGACCUCGCUUUCUACCGCCAACGAUCAGAUCCGCAAGAGCCAACGAACAGCCUUGAUUCACUGCCUGCUAGUCCAAAGUAAACUAUCAGCAGAUCAACCCCCACUCAGAGAUGCCAAUGACCUCUUCGGACAUUAUCUAAUUGACGUCCAGAUGGGCACAGAACUCCACACCUCUCGAAUCAAGCAGGCCAUCUCCACUGUUCAGCUCUUCCUCCAGCGAUGUAUGCUGGGGAGCGAAAAGAAGCAGGGGAUCCGGAGUACGCUUCUGCGGGAAAACCUGUCGGACUGGGAAAUCGAAAACAUGAUGCGCUAUCGCCUCUGGGAGGCAAACCGCAAGUCGUACCUGUACCCAGAGAAUUGGAUUGAUCCGACCCUCCGUGAUGAUAAAACGGAGCAGUUCCAGACUGUGGAGGGUACUGUCAUGCAGUCCAAGCUGGAUGAUCAGAGGAUCGCCGACAUCAUCAAAGGCUACGUCCAUAGCGCGACUGAGGUUGCGGACAUUGAGAUUGUCUCGUAUCUCUGGGAAAGGAAGGACACCGGAGAGAUCCCUGGGGAGUCCGAAUUUCACUUCUUUGGCCGCAGCCGAACCAUUCCUCCGGCGCAUUAUUAUCGCAAGCUGCACGUCCGAGUCAACACGGGGAGCUCGCUGAAUCAACUGCCCCGAUGGAAGCGGGAAAUCCUGUCCCAGUGGGAUAAGGGGAAUCGGGGCAAAUUUGUCAAUUUCUGGUGGUCUUCGGUCCACCGGAUGAGGUUAAGGGAGAAGCUUUGGUACCUGGAGAACCUGCUUGGAGACAUCGUUCUAUGGCCAUCGUGGGAAAGAUUAGGCGUCGUUACCGAAUUGCGGAAACGAUUGUGCCGCAUGGAGCCCCAGCAACACGAGGCAGAAGGCCUCAUCGCUCUGAUGAAAGAGCUGGGAGUAGAAAGAUCGAGACCUCCAUCCAACACGGACGACGUUGCCAGCCUCCUGGCAAAAGUUCUCGGAGAACCGACGGAAGCUCGAAAACAGAUCCCUCGUCUCGCAAAGGUCAUCGGCGAAUUGGGUGGUAAUCAAUCAAGUAUACGGAUCAGAGACUACCUCGUCUUCCACUUGGGCCUCUCCAUCGCCAAGGGAUCACUCUCAGCCACGGCCACCGAGUGGUCCCCGUGGACGAAGCUCAGUGCCGACAUCCCCAUGUACGAACACGACUACGACAUGACCAAAUUGGACGCGCCUGGAACAUAUCUUAUCCCGGCUAUCUCGAACGGCCGUCUACUCGUGUUUAUCCCAGAUAUCAUCACCGGUCAGCAGUCAGCGUUGGGACAGGCAGAAGGGGGUAUAAAUGACUCCAAGUAUGGGGAGCUGACCGAUAAGAAAGUGGUCGGAUCCCUUCCCCAUCAGCACUGGGAGAUUCGUCUCGGUUACAUUGAGUAUAUCAACGGGAAAUGGUCCGCAAAGAAGUUGUCACAAUCGUCGAUUCGCAUUCAGCAGAACAAGGACCAGAAGCUACAGAGCAUAACUAGCUUUCUCUUCCGGGUUGGUAAGAAGGCGAGUCGUAUUACGGAGGAUCAACCCAAGGCCAGGGAAACCCUGAGCGUCACUGUAGAAUCACUAACGAGCGGUGGAGGUGGCGGCCACAUCUGGGGAAAGUUUGAGGUUAGAGGCCAUCAAUUGAUCUUGACGGACCAUUCAACCACCAUCCCAACCCCCUCGUUGCGCAAGACAGCCUCUGAGAUUCCGAUUGCUGUACAGUACGGCCCACGCGUUGAAUUCUGCAGAAUCAAGUUUAACGAAAAGCCGACUAGCGGUGCAUUGAAGAGAGCGGGGGUAUCCGGAGCCGGUCAAAGCCCAGAUACGAUGGAGCCACUUUUUGCAGAGGCCCGAGGGUCGGUACGCUCGUGGCUCAUGUCGUUUCCAAGCAAUUCUCUCCCUCAGGGUCUGGUCAUGGAAGCCGCCGGUUCUCAUGCGAUUGAGACGUACUUUAGCUUCCCCGUUAACCCGAGGGCGAGACACGACCAACAGGACUGGAUAACGGAAAGGCUCACAGACUUUGCUACUCCCCUCCUCAUGCAAAAUGUGAACUCUGACCAGAGCCCAAAAGACGUUUAUCGUGCUCUCCGUGACCUACCCAGUAACCUACAAGAUGAGGCCUUUGGGAGACGGCACUCUGUUGUCUUCCACGAGAGGGCUACUCCGUCGGCAGUCUAUCAUUGGGAGCUCGGGGUCCAUAUACCCAGCCUCCUCAUGGAGCGACUAAUUGCGACCCAGCAGUACGAGCUGGCAUUGAAGGUGGCCCGGCUGGUAUUUGACCCCACGACCGACGGCGAACGAGUGGACCGAUGCUGGUCAUUUCCACCAUUCCGAGACGAAUAUACUCGAACUGGCAUCAUGCCGGACUUCACCAGAACCUGGGAAACGACCAUAGCAACGGAGGAGUGGCGCGCCAGCAAGGGCAAUGUUCAUGCGGCUGCCCGGUAUAAGCCCCGAGCCUACAUGAUGCGCUUCGUGAUCAAGUAUAUCCAGGCUCUGGUGGCCCUGGGCGAUCAGUACUUCCGACAGGAGACAAUGGAGAGCAUCCCAUUAGCGAUCCAACGGUAUAGCGAGGCCGACCACCUGUUCGGCCCCCGUCCGGUAGAAAAUCCCCGUCUGGGCAAGUAUCCUGUAAUGACAUACAACGAUAUCCAGAGUGAGCUCGACCCUUCGUCCAAUGUCAACGUUGACCUAGGCCUCGACUUUCCAUUCUUCAGUGAGCCAGGAGCCCGGGGCAAAGCCGGUCUGCGCCAUGGCAACUCAGAGCGCUUUGCCUUGAUCAGAACGCUGUACUUCUGCAUUCCGUCGAACCCGGAGCUGGUUUCAUUGCGGGACCUGAUCGAUAGUCGGCUCUAUAACAUCCGAAACGGCAUGGACAUCAAUGGCAAUGUGCGCACGCUUCCUUUGUUCGAACCCGCCCUGGACCCAGGGAUGGUGGUGCGGUCGAAUGCCGCUGCGGCUGGUCCCGGCACAUCGAGCCUUUUGGGUGGCUUGGAGAAUCCAAUGCCUCGAUACCGUUUCCGAGUGCUGAUGCAGCAUGGCCAUGACCUUGUCAACGAGCUCAGGGACUCGGCACAGCAGUUGCUCUCCAUCAAGGAAAAGAAGGACGGGGAGGCACUGGCCAUUCUCCGUUCCAAGCAUCAGAACGCAGUCCUUCAGCUCAUUAUAAAGGUCAAGGAACGGCAAAAGGUGGAAUCAGAAAAGGCGGUUGCCGUGCUCCAUGAGUCCCGAAGACAACAGGAAGCGCGACUGCAGUACUACCUCGAGCUCAUUGGGCAGAGUAUUAGCACCGUCCAGAACCAGAAGACAGGCCCAGCCACAGAGGGAUACGAGAUCAAGCCCAUCCCUCGUCGCGGUCAGCCAUGGAUAGAUAUCCCGCAGGCAUUUAUAAACCCGAGCUCAGAUGACCUCCGCAUGUCCCCGUUCGAGAAGGCCGAGUUGGACCUGUAUGAGCAGGCAUCGGGCAAGAACCAAAAGGCAGCGCAGCAGGAUUAUCAAGCCGCUGUAGUCUCGGUAAUUCCAGCGGUCACCGUCAAUGUGCAACCGAUGGGCGUGGGACUGAGCACCAGUUUUGGUUCCAACACCAUCGGACAAUUCUUCGCCAGUCAGGCCAGCAUGUACAGGCAGGAAGGCCAGCAGUUUGCAGACAAUGCCUCUCGUGCGGCCCGCAUGGCAGCGGCCACACGCCUUCUACAGGAACGGAGACACGAAGCAAAUACAAUCGGUCGAGAACUCAUGAGGAUCGACAAGGAUCUGGCACAGAUGGAAGCUCGUCUGGCCACUUGCGACGCCGAAAUCCAGACCCAGCAGCAAGAAAUCGAGAAUGCGGCCGCGGAGGAAGAAUGGUUGAAUCGAAAGUACACGAACAAGCAGCUCUACGCGGUUUUGGACAAUUCCCUGAGCGCCAUGUUCCACCAGACAUACUUGCUCGCCAUAGAGAUGAUGAAGAUCGCCUGGAAAGCCCUUAAUUUUGAGCAUGCUGUCCCCUCUCAGAACGGAUCCUUGAGUGCACUUCAAAUGCCAUCAAAUGCCAGCGGCUAUUGCGAGAAAUCCGUGGAUGGACUGCUGUCCAGCAAAGCUUUGUUCCUGGAGCUGAAGCAGAUGGAGAUGCGCUAUCUGGAAGACCACACGCACGACUAUGAAAUCGUUAAGAAUAUCUCCCUCCGGCAGCUGAACCCUGAAUCCCUGUUGAAACUUCAAGCGGACGGCAACACCGAGUUCAAGCUCUCAGAGGCUCUCUUUGACCUGGACUUCCCCCGUCACUACUGCCGCCGCAUAUCCUCGGUUGCCUUGUCCAUUCCCUGCAUCGUCGGCCCCUACGCCUCUCUAAACUGUACGCUCAGUCUCCAGCAUCACGAAUACCGAGUAUCAUCUCAGCACAGUGACAGCAUCCGCACCGACCCAGUCCCAAUCACAUCCAUUGCCGUCAGCAGCGGGGUGGAGGACAGUGGAGUCUUUGAUCUCAACUUCCGCAGCAGCGACCGGUACGGGCCAUUCGAAGGCGCAGGUGCCAUUUCAUCGUGGAGUCUACAACUUCCAAAACACCGCCAGUUCGACUACAGCACCAUCAGCGAUGUAGUGCUGCAUCUCCGCUACACAGCCCUAGAUGGCAGCUCCGUUCGAGAAACGAACGCUUCCAGGACCAUCGAUGAAUUCUUUGCUGCCACGCACACACUGGCCAUCAAUCUCAGCAGUGAAUAUGCAGCACAAUGGCAACAAAUGUGGACUUCUGGGGUGAUGGAGUUGCCCAGCUUGAUCCCAAGACUCCCCUACUGGACACGUGACAAGACGGUUACUCCAAGCAAGGUCUCAUUGCUCACUGCCCUGGGCGACAAUGUAUCUUUCCAGCUAAAGGCCAAGGGUUCCCAAUCCCACACCAUUUUGCAAACAGCGGGUAAGCAAUACGGAUACAACUUGUUUACUGCCAGUGACUCCUUGCCCGGUAUCCAAGAACUUUGGAAUAUCGUGUUGAAGGGCUUGGGCUCACCCAAGCAAGGGCGGGGAUGGCUGUUGGUUGGUUAUGGGGUGAAGUAA